AUGCCAUAUGCUGAGUAUAUAUACCCGCCAUGGGCUCCUCCCAAAGCCAUAGUAGCUCUAGGGCUGAAACCAGCAAAGCCAACAGCACUGCACAGUGUAGUAGUUGCACCUAGGCGUCCGCGCGUCGUCCUAGCUAUGGAUCCAUAUCACUACCAGACCAUGUAUGACCCACGCGGCUUCCCCAUCCUCCACCCGCAGCCGUACCUCCACCACCCGGUGGCGGUGGCCGGCGCCCUCAGCGACAGCAGAGUGCGCGGCGGCGGCGGCGGCGUGCGGCGGCGUCCUGGCGCGAAGCUCUCCACGGACCCGCAGAGCGUGGCGGCGCGCGAGCGGCGGCACCGCAUCAGCGACCGCUUCCGCGUGCUCCGCAGCCUCGUCCCCGGCGGCAGCAAGAUGGACACGGUGUCCAUGCUCGAGCAGGUCAUCCACUACGUCAAGUUCCUCAAGGCGCAGAUCAGCCUGCACCAGGCCGCGCUGAUGCAGCAUGAGGAAGGGUGCCAUGCUGAGCUCGCCGCCGCCUACUCCGCUGCGGCGGUGGCUGGUGGUGACGACGAGGUGACACUCGCGUCCCACGGUCGUACCGGCGCAUGCGAUGAGGUGAUGCAGCUCCAGGUGCCGGCGGAGGAAGCUUUGAGUUAUGGUGUUGUUGCCCAUCAGCCGUACGGGCUCGAUCCCAGGCAGCUGAGUGGUGGGCACGAGCUGCCUCCGUUGCCUGCUUCUUGCAUCUUCGAUGAGGAGCCUGCAGACGCAUGCUACUCUGUGUGCGACCUCAACGACGGGGAGACUGGUCUGCCCGGCUCUUACUAG